GAAGAUUUUAAAGAACAGAAGAAGAAGAAGAAGAAGAAGACGCCGAAAUCGUGAAGAUUUUAAAAUCUCGAGUUGUGAAAUUGUGAAACCUGUUCGUUAUAGACAUCUGUUUUGCGUUUAAAUGGAAAGUUGAAAAUUUCAACGUUUCUAUAAGUUGUCUAGUCCGGUGAUGAAUCAACGUUUUGGACGCUUGGUUUAAUUUUUCAGGCUUUUUAAUGAAGAAAACAUGGGUGAUCAUGAGAACAAGAAAAUGCAGAUAGCUUCAACAAACUUACGUGCUGUAAACUCGAAAAAUGAUGGCUUCAUCCAAAGGGAACAUUUAUCUGAAGUUCUGGAUUUUGAAAAUCAAAGGAAGUUAAUCGACUUUGCAUGGGGAUCAGAAAUGUUUUCAGAGAACACUUCUCUGAAGUCAUUUAAAAUUAAAGAACACCAAGAAAGCUUUCCAAUUCCAGUUUCAAGACAGAAUAUUGGAAUCCUGAAAGAGAUUUCAGAAUGCAGGUUAUCCUCAAGACAUACUUGGGAAAUUGAUGCUUCGAAAAUAUGUGAUUCGACUUUUGAAGAUUUCAAUUUAUCCUAUUUGGUGGUCGAAAAUCUUCAACUCCCUGAAGAGAUGAAAGUCACUGCAAAGUGUACCAAAUUGGUCUUGUAUGAUGGCAAGAAAUGCUUUAUUCACAACUUGAGUUCCCGUUGGAUUGAAGGAAAGUUUGGUACUGCAACCCUUCAAUUACCUGUUGAAGGAGGGCAUGAAGGUGGCAGUUUAAAUGUUCAGUAUGGAGGAAGAAAGAAAAAGUUGGAGAGCCACAAAAGUAGCGACGCAGUUUUCUACCUGUCUGCUUUUUUCGACAGCUGCGAGCAUUUUAUUGAGCCGGUUUUACAAGGUUACAAGUUAGUCCUGGUUUAUGAUCUUCUCUGGACAAACGUAAAGACGGGGAUUCCAAAGGAUUUUCCAGUUUUCCUCGGGGCGAUUAAAAAAAUCAAAGAAUCACUUGAACCUUGGCUUCGGAAUCAGUUGUUGAAAUCAAAAAUCGAAAAUGAAAAUGGAGAAAAUUCAAAAGAAGGAUUGCAAACUCCCACUACUACUUCCGAAAUUCAUCGAGACUCUUCUGAAGUUAAAAACUAUCUGGAAAAACAGCAAGAUUCAGUAAUUGAAGAGAGAACCUUAACAGAAAAUGUCUUUCUCUUCGUUCUUCAAGAAAGCUAUGACGAACAAAUUCUUUCAUUUGAGCUACUUCUUGGACAGGAUCGCGUCUUCGCUGAUCUUCUGCUGAAUUGUGAUUUUCUUGACGUUCAUCUAGCAAUGGCAUCACAGUCAAGUUCGACUAACAUCAAUGGGAAAGCCGAAGAAAUAGAAGUUACACGUGUAAUUGAUUCCGACGACGUGAUUAGAAAUUUGAGCAUCCAGUUGAAGUGGGAUAAGAACGUUGUUGGACUUAUUCAGUCAGAUCAAGAGAGGAAGUUGUCCAAUGAAAAAUCCGAGAAAGAUAUUUCCAAUAGUGGCAAGAUAAAUUUGCCUUGCGGUGUUUUACUGAUUUGGCCCAAGCAUCAUUCUGUUCAAAUGUAUUGCCGUUAUGGCCUUCAUUCAUUUUUGAUCCGAAUGAGUAAAUCAUUGACGUCACUUGCCAAGUGGAAAGACCAUACCCGAACCGAAGCCAUAGGUGAUUUAAGCCAGUUAAUUUCGUAUUGUUGCGCUGAACCUCGAAAAGUAUGGACGAAAUCGGGGAUGAAGAAAGGGGAAUUGACACUGAAAUUGCUCCAUUUCUGCAUCACCUUGCGUGCCUCUGAAAAGGGUCUUGAUUUAUUGAAAAUUCUGAGUUCUAAUUUUGAUGGAGAUUCUCAAGAUACAGAAAUGUUUGAAGGAAUUCAAACCGAAGGUGUUGCGCAGGCAAUUGCUAAUUUUGAACAUCAAGUCUGCGAUUGGAAUAAGAUCGCCGAACUGAUAAAGGCGAUGGCUACACCCAGCAGAAUAGUCACGCAACUGAUUCCUAUUACGAAAUUGGCAAAAUUCUUUCUAGACGUCGACUGUAUCGAAGGAGCCAAAACAGUGGGCGACUGUAUCUUCGCCUGGUUCGACGAAAUGGAUCCGAGCCUUGCUUGGAAGUCAAAAUAUUGUGACGUAGAAGCUUUUCUUAAUUUGUUGGUGGCAUUGCAGUCCAAUCCUGAGACCUCCAAUCGAACGAGAACAGCAUCGUUCCUUCUCUUCUUCUCCAAGCUACGACCGUUCCUGCAGUUCCAUUUAUUGCUUAAUUUCGAAUCACAGCACGGAUCGCGUUUGAAGACAAUUCAAUCCUGGCAAUUCGUCUAUCGGGAUGCUUGCGAAAUGUUUUCUUUUGCAUCUAACACGAAGAUGCCGCCCAUCAAGUGUAUGGCUGUCGACUUUAUGAAAGCAAUUGAAGUCUGGCUAUUGGAAUUGACCGAAGAAGCUGUGCUGCGUCCCGAACUACAAGAGUCCCUCGAACCAGAAGUUGUCAUCACCGAUCCAGUUCUCGAGCAAUCAGCUGCUGCGUCGGUGUCCCAAAAGUCGGAUAUUCCGCCAGUUGUAUUGAAUCCUGAAAAUAAUUUCGAAAAAACCGAUUGGACUACUGCAGCAGAUGAGUGGGCUUCAACAACGUCGACUCAGAUCGCAGCUGCAACACCGGUGGCAGGAGUAAAAGCUAGGACAUUCAGUACUGAUGAUUGGAGUGGAACAUCAGACUCUCUGACGACGGAUUCAAAAAGAAAGGAAUUGGCGCCACGUUCCUCCGCACCAAUUUCGACUGAUGAUUGGGAUGCUUGUGCUGAUGCUUGGACAUCUAGUGGCAAAAUAUCCGGAACCGUGAAUAAAGCAAUACCGAACGAUGACCAAUCUAGUUGGGACGCACCUCGCAAAAUGCCAGCGUCAAGUAAUAGCAAUACGACCUCUGACGACUGGAAUUCUUGUUCUUCGACUGCUCCUAAACCCAAUUUAGUUACUCCCAGUGGAAAUGCCGACUGGUCUUCCGCAGAUGCUUGGGGAUCAACGAAUGACUCUUCUAAAGGAAGUAGCCAAUCCGACGCAUGGGGAAACGCUGAAUCAACUAAAAGUUCCUGGACUGGUGGCUAUAACGCUUCAAGAGGUGGUGAGCGAAAGCCAUUGCGCCCUUGCUUUAAGUGCAAUGAAGAAGGUCAUAUGUCCUAUAAUUGUCCAACUGAUCCCAAUCGUGGAAGAGGGGGCGGAAGAGGUGGAGGAAGAGGUGGUGGAAGCACACGUACUUGCUACAAAUGUAAUGAAGAAGGACACUUAUCUUAUAAUUGUCCAACUGGCCCGACUCGAGGAAGAGGUGGCGGAAGAGGUGGUGGUGGUGGAAGCACACGUCCUUGCUUUAAAUGCAACCAAGAAGGGCAUUACACUUACAAUUGUCCUAAUCCUUCAACUGGCGGAAGAAGUGCAAGAAAUUCUCCUGCAUCCAGUUACGGUGCACCUAGUUCCUCGGCAUUUGACGAUUGGGGAACAUUAACAGUCACACCAGAUACAAAAUCCUCGAGUUUUGACUCUGGUGAAAAGAAGAAUGAUUGGGGAUCAGCUUCAAACAAAGCCAGCAGUCCAUGGGCCACCGGUGCUAACGCUGCUCCAAGAGGUGCGAGAAAUACUCCAAGAUCCAGUUAUAAUGCACCCAUUGGUAACAGUCAACCUGUAUUGGACGAUUGGGGUAUCUCGAGCAAUUCAUCUGCUGCACCGCCUGUUACAACAGUUGCUAGUAGUUCAACUGCUGGUAUUCCUGCGACCGAUGAUUGGGGAUCAGCUGCCGAUGCCUGGUCAUCUGUUAAAACCACGAAAUCUACGACACCACAAGGAAAUAGUACCGCUUCAAAUUCUGGAGUUGAUGAUUGGGGAUCAGCUGCCGACGCGAUGUCUUCUGUUAAAUCGACAAAAUCCACCCAACAAUCCGGAAAUAGUUCCGCUGCAAGUUCUGGAGUUGAUGAUUGGGGUUUAGCUGCCGAUGCGAUGUCUUCUGUUAAAACGGCAAAAUCCACCCCACGGUCCGAAAAUAACAGUGCUGUAAAAUCCGGCGGAGAUGACUGGGGAGCGGAAGCUAAUAGCUGGAAUAAUCUUCCCUCUGGGUCUAAUCCUGUUCGUGUUCCUAACAAUAAUUCUACGUUUUCCCGAUCUGGACCAAUCGCAAUUGUGAAAUCUGCUGAAGAUGAUUGGGGAGUAGCUGCUGAUGUCAGUAAACGUGGUUCAGUUUCCAACGCAAACACAAUGACAAUCGUCCCUCAAAUGGAUGAGUGGAGUGAUUCUGGAGCAGGAAAGGGGAAUGAUCCUAAUUUCAUGAGAAAUAGCCAAGAGUUAAGCCAAUCAAGAAUGAAUCCAGUUCCUUGGACUGGGAUAAUAAAUCAUGGACGCAGGAGUUUCAAUGCCGACAUGAAAUAUUUGGACGUCAACGCCCCUUCUGUUCUUGCUGGCUUGGAAAUGCCCAAAUCAAUGACAGUUGUGGGCACUAUCGAACCCGAAAAAAUUUGGCCUUACUUGCGGAGAGUGAGCGAAACGGUCAACGAAAGAAUUGGUGUUUUCCAAUUUACUCCAGCUACCAAUGCUGAUAUGGAAGGUUACAAAUUCUUCUACGAUGAAUUAAACGGCAUGAACUGGUUUGUCGUUAUUGCUGGCACUCCAGAUUCAAAACUUCCUUGGAGUUUCAAGGACUUUUAUGUCCUCCCAUUGGGCAAAGCGAGUCCCAUACCUUCGGAGUUGACCUCGUUUAUUAAAGAAUCCUUUCGGGAAAACCGCAAGUCAGAUUUUUUAUUAGGCGUUGUGGUGUUCCGAGCUCCGCGUCCUGUGGAUCAUCCCAGUUUUAAUGCUUCAUUGCCGGAAAAGAAAGCAGUUUGCGUUACCCAAAGUGAUGCAGAAUCGGAAAGCAUCAGAAUUCAAGAAACUCAAAAUUCAGAAUCCACUCUAGUUGCUUCAGCCCAGCCCCCCACUCGUAUGACAGCUAUUCGACAGAAGCUACAGCAAGACAUCCUCAGUGUUGACCCCGUCAAAGCUAAAAUUCAGUCAAACUCUUCCCAACUGAAGUCUUCCUUGCCAAGGCCUCCGUCUGUUGCUAAAUCAAUUCCAGUAGUUUCAUGUCCGGCGAUAGCGGAAUCCAGUGAAGACAAUACGCCUGUCAAAACGACGCCCGCUAUACCCUUCAAUCCAGGGAAGCCUCCAGUCGACGGAGAGAUGUUGAUGCAAAAAGCCAUAUUAGAGGAACUGAACCGUCAAAUUGGAGCUACGAAGCACGGAAAGUCGACAGAAGCGACAGAGUCUGUUUCGUCGGUUGCAGUAUCCGGCCUUGAACCUUCCUCUUCAAGUGGACCAUCAACUCGACCGAAAUCUAAAAGAAAACCCGUACCGGAAGAAAGUCCCGCAUCUAAACGGUCCAAAAACGUGGUCUCAUCGAAGGAGCUGAAUCUCUCCUUUACGUCUAAGCAGAAGGGAAAAUUGGAAACUGAAGGCGUGCAGCGAAAGGCCCACAUCAAUUCGAGAAAGAGUAGGAGCCCGAGUACGUCUGAAAGAAGACCAUGUUUCGUGGACGGGUGCAGUAGUGAUGCGCUAACAAAUAGUGUUUACUGUAGCGAGGAAUGUAUUGCUAACCAUGUGCGAGAUUCACUCCACGCAAUGAGUGAGAAGAUGAAAUCGUCUCAGUUACAAGAUCCGCAAAGCCCCAUUAAUUCGAUGACACCUCCCUGCACCUCUUCUGAUGAGUCGUGGAAAGACUCGGUCGACUACUCCCUGUUGAUGAGUCAACCAACGCCGGCGUUAGCUUCCAAACUACUGGAAAUUACUCAAAGAAGAAAAUCCUUGUCGUCGGGUGGAGCUAGUAAACCAUCAAACUUGGCAGACGAUACCCCAGUUCCAGUUAUGGAGACAAAGACGGGCAAAGUUUUGUGUGGCCAGUCUGCUCCCACAGUAGCUAAUGUGGAGCAAUGGCUCAAAGACAAUGCUACGUAUACAAUCGCGAAACAAGAAUCUCUACCGGCAUCUGUAGCGGCUUCAUCCUUGAAAGUUGCUUAUUCGAAGACCUCGCCGGUUCACACAUCAUCAACGUCAUUAAUAUCCUUGAAGGCUAAAGCGGAAAGCUCAAAGAAGCCAAGCGAUUUGUCUUCAUCGAAACCAAAGAUAACUCGAAAAAGAUCCAUCGAGACAAACAACGAAGAAGAGACCCCGACUAAAAUGGCAAAAUCUGACCCUGAGGCUACUAGGUCCAUUUCGAGAAGCUCGUUGAAAGAGGCCCUGUGGAGUCGCUGUAAAGAAGCAAAUGAUGUGGAGACGGAAGAAGCCAUUGUCGAGCAAGUUGCUAAGGAGAUAGAAGAAUCGCUCUUUUCCCUCUACAAACAUGAUGUUGGCUCCAAAUAUAAGAACAAAUACCGGUCUUUGAUUUUUAACAUCAAAGACCCGAAAAAUCCGGGAUUGUUUCGGGAAAUAAUUACAAGGCAGCUGUUACCUGAUGAAUUGGUCAAGAUGUCAACCGAAGACCUGGCUAACAAGGAUUUGGCCGAAUGGCGUGAAAAAGAAGCCAAGCAUCAACUGGACUUGAUCGAGAAGAAUGAGCAGGAAAAUAUGGGCCUUGCUAAUAGAUACCUCAUUAAGACUCAUAAAGGCGAAGAGGUUAUCGAGGAUGUCUACAAGGAAUUAGAUGAUCGAGAAGAAAUUUCAUCGAAAAUGAAUAUUGCUUCAUCUCCAACACCCGAAUGUAUUACAGAUACGACUCCGGUAUUCAAAUCACGAAGACUUGACCGCUCUCGAAAUGGUUCCAGUCAUCCGAUCAAGGAGAACGAUCAGAAUAAUUCAGCUAGUUCUCGUUCCGCUCGCGAAAAAAGUGAUAAAGUGAGUUCGAGGAGCUCUAAAAGUUCUCGUCGUGAUUCCGAUUCCAGCAGCAAACGCUCCGGUAAUCGUAGUGAUCGCGACAAGAAAGCAGAUGCCAAGGAGCGCGAUCAUCAUCGUUCGUCGAGGAGUAGAGGUAAACAUCACAAGACCAACUCGGAUAGACAUGAGAAGCGAGAAAAAAAGAGGCAAGAGGACAUUCCGGAACUAGCCAAAUCGAGUGACAUUGAAAAAGCUGUUGGCGUUGCUGAAUUGUAUGAUCCCAGUCACCCGCUCAAUUCUGAUGACGAAGUUAACAUUUCAGUGGCUGCCGAAGAUGAGCUUUUGUUGAAGCAGAAGUUGUCGAAGACGCAGGCAGUAUUAGAUGAACUGAAUCGUCAAAACCAAUCUCCCAAAACACAAGGGGACGCUGAAGUUGCCGUAAUAACUUCUGUCGCUGCCUUGCUUCCCGAAUCGGGAGAUAACGCAGUACCUGCCGAACCAGCCACCUCCUUAAAAGAAUUACUACUUGGAAAAAGGGGUCGACAAUAUCGUCUGCUUACUGAUUACAGUGAUGAUGAGAAUGACGAAGAAAAGAAGCACGACGGAAUUGUGAUGUUAGGCGUAGACAAAAAUCCGCUUCAAGAUCUUGAGAUGGAAAGUGAUCUGUCUGCUACAAGUGUGGGAUGCAGGACCAGCAGUUUCCCAGUCGGAGAUGAAGAGCAUUCGUUCUGCAGUCCAGGCAAACUACUCAUUGCUGAAGACGAAGAAUCCAUUUUAGACUUCGAUGAGCAGAUAAUUAAGGAGCAAAACGUCAUUGAAGAACUGAACUCCAAUCUAACGUCAUUUAUCGUGAACAAUUUGCACAUUCAAUCUCACGAUGCCGACCUGGAUGCAAGCGCAUCUUCGGAAAUAGUUACAAGUGAAGUGAAUGAAUCUGGUGUGCAUGGAUCAGUAGAUCCUUCCACGUCCUCUGCAAUAAGUUGCAUGAACACUAGCAGUGUGAGCUCAUCAGCCGAUCCGGUCUUUGAUCAAUCUACACAGUCAACAUCUUCCGGCCAUUUGGAGGAUCCCGUUUCUACAGCGGAACAUGAAGAACAUUAGCAGGUGGCUAGUGUAAUGGAAACAAAGAAAUUUUUUAAGUAAACAGUAAAUUAAUUUUCUGCCCAAGUUAUCUUAGGCUGUUGCUCUUGAAUGUAAUAAUUGUGAAACUGUGUGCGCUAACUUGUUGGUUUCUGUUUUGUGUUGAUGUCGAAACAUGGUUCUAAGGUUAAGGUUUAUUCUAAUUAUCCCUUAACUUACUAUGUUAUUUUACUCUUAUUUGUCAGAAAACAAAGAAAAAAAUUAGAAAUGCUUUAUGCACGAUUUUACGUUCAAAUUCCCGUACCAAAUCCAUUUUGUUUUUAAACUCUUAUUAUUUAUCUUACUGUGCCUUCUUUUCUCUUCGAAAUGACACGGUUAAAGCAUUGACUGUGGCAUUUUCAUGCAACUUGACCACCGUCCAAUACACGGAAUGUAGCUAA